CUGGACUCGAGACAACGCUUAUUUCUGCAACAACAUCAUGUCCACAUCAGGGAAAUCCCACGGCCUAGGGGCUAUACAUCACAAGUUGAAGACGAUUUCCUACGAUGUGCGUGUGCCACGAUACUCAGGAUUCCUUAGUUACCCGGCCGAAGUACGCAACAUGAUCUAUAUGUACGUUUAUGGAGAUUUUGGAGUCUUUGCAGAAGCAAAAGACAACCUCGCGAGGCCCACGAUGCUUAUAGAGCUCGACGACGUCAACGCCGACGAUACCGAGAAAGGCGAACUCGUCAAGUUCGGCUCUUCGUAUCGAAUUACAGGUUUACAUCACACCUGCCGCCAGCUACGUCGGGAAACCGAGGACUCUAAUCCCCUCUGGAAGGUCAUACAUGGAACUUCACAAGCUCUUCUCCGUAUAUUUCACCAGCCAAAUCCAUUUGAGUCUUUGAGGAUUGUCAACAUCUCUUUAGGACUGGGAGACACUGUAUAUGCGCAUGGGGGAUUCGGUCUUUCAAGCGGAUUCACUUACUUGCUGUCUCAUCUUGUUGGCUUAAGAUUUCUGAAAAGAGAUGUGUUGUAG